CGUCACGACCGCGUAGCGUGCGCACGCAGCAACCGCGAAAAUUAAAAACACCAAAAAAAAAAGUACGGGAUGUUUUUCGUUUGAGUUGUUAAUUUAGAUGGUAGCUGAGUAAACAAAGAAAAAGGUGGAAAAACAUGGAGGGAGCGUCGACGAGAGGUGUUCUGAGCCACCUAAGUCUGCUGGAAGUUCAGGCCCGGAACCGAGGGAGCCAGGUCCCACAGCAGCCGAGUCGAGUGAAGGAGCUAAAGGCUAAAGUUGAAGCGUUGACCUCGCAAAGAGACCAGCUGAAGGCAGAGCUACAGAUACACAAGAAGCUCCAGAAACUGAGAGCACCUGCAGACAAACAUGAAGAAGAUGGUGAAGACGAGGAAAUGGACAUAGACUCAAAGAGCUCAGAGUUGUUCCACCUGAUGGCCAGACACUCUGAGCUGACGGAUCUUCUUCAUGCUCAUAACCUCAUUGGUGGGUAUGACGCCAUCACAACAAACGGAGGGAAAGGCAUGUGCUUCUCUCUGGCGACCGAGUACGAGGGUGUAUAUUUGGACACCUACAACCUGGAGCUCAACCUGAAGCCAAAAGUUAGGAUCAGCCGCCACAACAUCCCGCCUUUCAUUCCUCUGAACAGCCUGGCCGAGCAGAGCGACUUGCAGACGGACGUGGGGGCUUUUCUGGCCACAGUCAGCCAGCAUCUUAACGCGUUUGCAGGCCGCAGGCAGCAGCUGAAGCUUGUGAAGGAGCAGCACAAGUCCGUUGAAGUAAUGGAAAGCAAUCUGUUGUGUUCGAUACUGGUGCUGAUGUUCACUGUGCCCAAGGACAAGACGCCCUUGCUCUGCACGUUGGAGUACACCGACCACACCAGGUGUCUUCCCACUCGAGUCCAUCUGAACUGCCACGACAAACUGCUUCCCGACUCUCCGAACUGGAAGAAAAACUGCAGCCUACUGAAGGAGGUUCCUGUGCACAGAGCUUUAAUGGCCAUUAAGAAAGAUAGCGACAUUGUUUAAUUUAUUCUCCAGUAUGUAAAAUAUAACUGUUUGAUGUACAUAAUACAAGAGUUUGCUCAAAAGGUCAGUAUUGAACCUUUCAGUAUGUCACAAUGUUUUUCCCUCAUCAGAAACUCUCGGUCGCGCUGACCUCCGUGAUCUGAAUUUUACCAUCAACAAUCUCUUCCCUGUGAUUGUUUUUGUCGUGGAAGCAUUCAGCAUGUGCAGCUGUGCUGUUUAUCCAACGUUUUUAUUUUAUGCUGGAGCUGUGGCGCCCCCUUCUGGUUCUCUUAUCUCAAUUCUCCUUUCAGCACAAGUCCACUGUAUAAUUGUUCUAUCAUCUCCAAGAGCUGAAAGAAGAAAACAGUUUCCAUUUUUCCUAGUUUUUGCUUUCCUUAUUGCUGAGAAGUAAAUGUUUUCUUUCAUGA